AUGUCAUCCGAUGUUGUAAUCUGCAGUGAACCUUGUUGUUCAAGUACUGAUACAUUUUUAUGUGUAAAACAUUGUCAACGUUAUGUAUGUUUUGAUCAUUUACAAGAACAUCAUCGUAUAUAUGAACAAGAAAAGAAUGAUUUACCAACUGAACUUCGUCGAAAAAUACAACGACGUUUUUCUCUUUAUAAUAGACUUAUUGAUGAAACAAAAUUAAAUGAACAAGAAAAACGUGAUAUUGAAAUUGCUUGUACAGAAAUACGACGUACAUAUGAACAACGACGAUAUGAUUAUCAUCAAUUAAAAACAGAAGCAACAUCUAUACUUGAACUACAAUCAACAACAAACGAUCUGAAAACAUAUUUAGAAAAAUUAGAUAUUGCUAUUGAACGUGAACAACAACGAGAACGUGUUUAUUCAAAUUCAGACACACCUGUUAAUAUUAAAAUUGAACCAAAUGAAUUUAUGGAUAAUAAAGAUUUUGAUCAUCAUGAAAAUAAUCAUGUAAAUCAUAUUGCAUCAAAUUCUUUAUCGAAUAGUACAAGUUUAUCAAUUGAAAAUAAAGAUAAUAAAUCUGAAGAUUCAUUAGUUGACGAAGGAGAACGUAGUGAUAAUAAUAUUAGUGAUAUCGGUGAACCUGAUUCAGAUUAUGAAGAUCAUCGUCGACAUAAGGCAUCAAACAAUCAAUCAUCAUCAUCAUCAUCAUCAAAUAUAAAUCAAUCUGUAACGAUAUAUCGUGGUCCAUGUCCUUUAACACGUUCUGGUGUUUUUGGAAUUCUUCCAAUACAUAAUGUUCGUUUAUGUGAAGGAAAAUCAAGUUGUCUUUAUAAUCAUUUACAAAGUUUCCAUCAUAUGACAGCCCGUAGUGCAUAUAAAGUUUGUAAAGCUGUUUUACGACAACGUGAUCCCGUUGUAACCGUACUUUUUGGUUCAAAAGAUAUUUUAUAUAAUAAAAAUUUUCAUCUAGCAUGUCCAUUUAAUCAAGAUUCAAAAAAUCCAUUUGAUUGUCAACCAAAAUAUAUAAUGAAAGCUCCAUGUUCAUCAAUAAUAUCGCGUCUUGAUAUGCCAAGACAUUUACGUGAUGUUCAUCAUGUUUAUCGAUCAUGUGCAUUGAAAAUAGUUGCUGAUAUGCGACGUUGUACAAAAAAUUCUGAUGCAAAAACUUCAAUGCAAUUAAAUAAAAAUCUUUUUGAUAAACAAGAAAAUAUUAUUGAAUUAAUUGAUGACAAAACCCAUCCACAAAUGAAACAAAUAUCAUUAUUGAGUCAUCUUUCAAAUGAUUUAUUAUUUGAAAUAUUUGAUUAUCUUGAUGUAUUAGAUCUAUUUCAAGCAUUUCUUAAUUUAAAUCAACGUUUCAAUUUAUUAAUUAUUGAUCGACAUAAUUGUUUUCAAGCAAAUAUGAUUUCAUUAAAACCGUUUGAAUUUUCUAUUUAUAAAAAUUAUAUUUUACCACAUAUUGCUUGUUAUAUUCGUUAUUUAUCAAUAUCGGAUGAAUUAAAUUAUUUACAAAUAAUUCUUCGUUCAAUUUCAUUGAUAAAUUUACUAACAAUUAAAUUAUAUCAUGUUAAAUUAAACGAAUUAAGAAUAAUACUUCAUCAUUGUCAAUUAAAAAAUAUUUUUAUUGAUACAAAUUAUAUUCAAAAUGAAAAACAUUUAAAUGAAAUAUUUAAAAUUUUGUUGAAUCAACAAUUAGAUCUUCGUUGUAUACAAUGUCAUUUUCAUACAAAUUUAUAUUUUGUUGAAGAAAAAAAUAAUUUAAGUAAACUUCGACGAGUUAUUAUUGAUUGUGACUGUUUUUCAAGUGAUUUUAUUGUUUUAAUAUCUCAAUUACGAGAAUUACGUCACUUAAGUGCACGUAUUAAUGAUCAUAAUCGAGAAUAUAUGGAUAAAGAUAUUGAACAUCUAACUGGAAAUGAAUCUUUAUAUUCACUUAUUCUUCAUAUUGAAAAUGUUGAACUUGAUCGUUUAUUAUUAAUAUUUUCAUUAAUGAUAAAUGUUCGUAUAAUUGACCUAAAUGGUACAAUUGAUUUUGAUAUUAAUCAUUUACUUGAACUCGAACGAAAUUAUACAUCAUUUCGAUAUAUGACUUAUAAAUUUUUAUCUCUUAAUUUUCUAUAUGUAAUCGGUCUCAUUUUUUUUCUCAAUGGAUUUUUAUUAACACGUCGUGUUAUUUUACACAACUCCGUGGGUACUAUUCCAUCAUCAAUACCGAUUGAAUUCAAUCAAGUUAUUUUAAUUGUUAUUGAUGCACUUCGUUAUGAUUUUAUUAAACCAAAUAAUGGUUCAAUAAAUAAUAAUUAUUUAAAUCAAAUGCCAUUUGUAAAAGAAUUACUUGAAACAACACCUAAACAAUCUGUUCUAUUACGAUUAAUUGCUGAUCCACCAACAACAACACUUCAACGUUUAAAAGCAUUAACAACUGGUACAUUACCAACAUUUAUUGAUGUAUCAUAUAAUUUUAUAGGUUAUGAAAUUGAAGAAGAUAACAUUUUAAAUCAAUUGAUAAAAACUCCUUAUCAAAGAAAUAUUUCAUUAUUAGGUGAUGACACAUGGUUAGCACUUUAUCCAAAUAUAAAUUUUAAACAUUUAUAUGUUUAUCCAUCAUUUGAUGUUCAUGAUUUAGAUACAGUUGAUAAUGGAAUUCUUAAACAUUUAUGGACAGUUAUUGAAGACACUCGUCAUGAACAAUUAUCAUUUAUUAUUGCUCAUUUUUUAGGUGUUGAUCAUUGUGGUCAUCGAUAUGGUCCAUUACAUAUUGAAAUGAAACGUAAAUUAAAUCAAAUGGAUGAUGUUAUACGAAAUAUAAGUUUAUUAUUUAAUCAAUCAAAUUCUUCAUCACUUUUAAUAGUCAUUGGUGAUCAUGGUAUGACACAACAAGGUGAUCAUGGUGGUGAUGAAUUAAAUGAAAUUGAAACAGCUAUGUUUAUUUAUACAAAUAAGCCAAAUUAUUUUUCAUUAUCACAAAAAAAUGAAAAAACUGUUUCACAAAUAGAUCUUGUUCCAACACUUUCAUGGUUUCUUCAUAUAUUAAUACCUUUUUCAAGUUUAGGUAUGAUGAUUACUGAUAUCAUACCAUUAGAACAACGUUAUUUUUCAAUGAAAUUAAAUUUUGAACAAAUUGAAAUUUAUUUAAAACAUAUUUCAUUUACACUUCCAUUAUCAGAUAAAUUACAAGAAUUACGUUCUAAUUUACAUACUAUAUUUAUAUCAUUUAAUAGAGAAAGAAAUUUAACAAUGAUUGAAAAUUUAUUUAAUGAAUUUAAAUUUGAAUUACAAACACAUUUUCGUCUUCAAUGGUCAACAUUUAAUAUAUUUCGAAUUAUAAUUGGUUUAAUUUUAAUGUUAAUAUCAUGUUUAAUAUUUAUAUUAAUUUAUUUAAAAUCAUUCAUAAUGUUAAUUAAUCAUAGAAAUAUGAUCUUUAAUAUUAGUCUUCUAUUAAUGUAUUUUAUAAUAUCAUUUUCAAAUAGUUUUAUUAUAAAUGAAGCAAUGUGUCUUUAUUUUCUUCUUCAAACAAUUAUAUUAAUAAAUAAAAUGAAAAUUUUAAAAAAAUUUCUUCUUUCUCUUUUAUUAUUCAUAACUCGAGCAUUUUUAAUUUGUCGUGAAGAACAAUUACCAUAUUGUAUUGAUUCAAUAUGGCUUGUAAAAAAAUUUUCAGAUACUUCGGAUUAUUUUCUUUCAUUUAUAUCUGCUAUUGUAUGGUUAAUUAUUCUUAUUUUAACAUGUAAUUAUUCGUAUUUCUUACCUUAUAUAUCAUAUAUAUCUAUAGUUGGUUAUUGGUUUAAUAUUCCACAUACAUUAUCAAUAUAUUAUGUGAGUAUUAUGAUUCAGAUUUGUUUUGUUUUAUUAAAUCCAAGUCGUUUUGAUAAAUUAAUUUAUUCUAUUCUUAUAUUUGUUGUUGGUUAUCGUUUUUCAUUUGUGAUAUUUUUUCAAUAUUUUAUUUAUUAUAUUAUUUUUAAUGAUAAUAAUCAAUCAGUUUCAUUACUUUUAUCUAUAUUAGCUGAUUAUUUUUUUUAUGCAACUGGUCAUCAACCAGUUCUUUCACAAAUACGUUGGACAGCAGCAUUUCCAACAUUAAAUUCUUCAAUAAAUAUUUAUCUUUCAUUAAUUAUAAAUUCAUUAAUUGUACGUGGAAUAUUUAUUCUUAUUGAAACAUUUUCUGGUCAGAUAUUAAAUAUUAUUUUUAUUCGAAAAAUGUAUCAAAAGAAAUAUCAAACAGAAUUAUUUAAAAAAAUUUUAAUUAUUGAUUGUUUUAAAUUAAUGAUAACAUCAUUAAGUGUAUUUAUAUUAAGACGACAUUUAAUGUUAUGGAAAAUUUUUUGUCCCAGAUUUUUAUUUCAACUUAUAGGAUUUAUUAUUAAAUGGUUAUUUGUAUUUUUGACAACUAAACUUUAA